CAUACAAACAUAUACAAGAUGUCUUACAACAAGGAGACCACCUUCUUCGCCGACGCCGUUCUCUUUGAUAUGGACGGCACCUUGACCGACUCGAUCGCCGCUGUCGAGGCGGCAUGGCGCAAGGUCGCCGAGGACCUCGGGCAGGACCCGUCGUAUGUCAUCGCUGCCACCCACGGCAAGCGCGCCGUAGACAACCUCGCCCAGUUCAAGCCGCAUAUCAAGGUGCACGAGAUGGACGUCGAGGUCCAGGCGUUCGAAGAGUCGAUCCUCUUCUUCGCUGACGCUUUCACCAAGCACGGACCCGGCUCCCUCGAGGUCUCGCCGCUCACCUCUGGGGCCGCGACCCCGUCCCUCGCAACCCCGUCGUCUUCGGGCACCAGCUCGUCUGGCUCCGGGGUCGUAUCUCCGCAUUCCUCCUCGUCUUCCACGGUGGGUCACACUCACCGCCCGUCCUUCGUCCGUCGCGUCACCAACCGCCUUGCGCUCAUCGCGGCUGAAGGCGCGACCUACCAGGACGAGGAGAACGAGGGGAUUGCGGAGCCCAAGAUUGAUUGGAGGAUGGAGCUCGAGAAGAAGCACUUGUUCGAGGCGUGGCAGGUCGAGGCCGCCGCCGUCGACCGCUCUGUGCGCAUCCUCCCUGGCGUAAAGCAGCUCAUGGACUCGAUUCCUGAGGGUCGCUACGCCGUUGCCACCUCGGGUGCCAAGACUUAUGCUUACGGCUGUAUGACGCGCGUCGGUAUCACACCUCCCAAGGUGACCAUCACCGCCGACGACAAGCGUCUUAAGGCCGGGAAGCCUGCACCCGACCCGUUCCUCCUCGCCGCGAAGGAGCUUGGGUUCGAUGCGACGCGUUGCGUCGUCUUUGAGGAUUCGCCGUCUGGCAUCCGUGCCGGCGUUGCCUCCGGAGCGACGGUCAUCGCCGUGUGCACGAGCCACGAGAGGUCGAAGAUCGAGAACUGCGGUGCGCACUUCGUUGUAGACACGAUGGAGCAGGUGCGAAUCGUUGUUGAUGGGGAGGGGCUGAAGUUUGUCGUGUCGGAGAGGCAGUAGAGAGGGGUUCGGGCUGGGUGAACGAAUAUCCCGCGCCCUGGAGGCGUGUGGAUGAUACUGUUUUGUAUGCGUUUAGGUUCGCAACCAAUAUCGAGGGAUCAUAACAAAGCCGUUCAAACAUUUGAAGUGCGCUGUUUGUUCCCUUCGAUAAUUGGCUGUCGUGGCCUUGGUGUAAACUUGCGAAUC